AUGGGAAAUCUUUCAGCUCUAUGUUUUGCAGAAGAAACAGAAGAUAAGAAUGAUAUAUAGAUUAAAUUCAACUAGUAAAAGAGUGACUAAUCUCAAAAUGUUUCUGUGUAGAACAUCAAAAAAGAUCAACUUUUUAACUUGUUUUAAUAAGAUUAAAAAGAGAUUGAAGAAUUUAAGUAAUCAAUCUAAGAAUGUUCUUUUUGCUUAAAUCAUUUCAAAUAAUUGAUAAAAUAAUAGAGUUUUGAGCAAAUACUUUAUCCUUAAAAUAGAUAAUAGUAAAUUAAUCAUUCUUGCCAAAUUUAACAAUUGAAAGAAUCAAAUUAAUUUAAUGAGCCUUUGGCAAUACUUCAAAAUGAUCCAAUAUCUUAGUAUACAUCUGAAUGGUUCUAAUUAGCAUUAUCAUUACCAAAAUAUAUAAGAUCUAUAGAAUAUUUUGAAGGUCUUCCAGAAUAAGAAUAAUUUAAUUUCCUUAAUUCUACAUUAGAUGAGUAAGACUUUUAUUCUCUUAUAUGCUUGAAAUGGUGUGUGAUUGAUUUUUUUAGAUAGAAACAUUCAUUAUUUCCAAAAAAUCAUUUUUUGGAAAAUUGCUGCACAGUUUUUUAUAAUAUUGCUCAUUUGUGUUAAUUCUACAAUGAAUUGUUUUUGGAAAAUUAUAAAGAUAAUGAAUUUUCUCAUAACAUCAGACUCUACAUUUAAUUAUAUUUGUAAUAUUAAAAGUUGAUGAACUCAUUCUAAAAUUAGUACGAUUUAUAAUUUGAUUUAUUAUAAUUAAAGUAUGAGAAACAAUUUAAUUUUAAAAAGGAUGAUUCUAAUUUCUACCCUCAUUUUAAAUUAAUAGGAUUCAUGAUACGAUUCUGGUGUUAAAUUACUCUAACAACAGAAGUUUAGAAUAUUUUAAGAAAAAGUUAUAGAAACUUGAAUAUUUAGGAUGAUAAAGAUUUAAUUUAGAAAUAUGUAAUUGCUGCUUUAGAUGUAGAUAUUGAUGAGUACAAUGUUCAUUGGAUAGGUCAUAGAGAAAAUUUUAGGAUUGAAAAAACAUUAUUAGACUUUAAUAUUAUAGAAGAAAUAGUACAACAAAUAGAAUAACAAUAAAUUACUAAUGAAGAAUUCUAUUAAUAAAUAGAUGAUAAAUUGUAAGAAUUAAGAUUGUUAUAUCCAUAAUGGUUUUUUGAAGUAGAAUUUGAAUGUUUAGGAAUAUAAUAUAAAAUUGCAAGAUUGGUUUAAGAUGUUAAAUCUUAGAAUUCAUCUGAAAUAGCAAAACUUAAAAAAGUUGAUGAUACAGAAAUUUCAGAGAAUUAAAGAAAUAGUUAAUUUGAAAUAAUAUUCAAUUCUUUUAACACAUUAAAAUAAGAUAAUUUUGAAGAUAAAGAAGUUGAGUUAAUGGCAUUAUAUUUAUAGGAAUCUAAUUUAAUGCCUAGAUCUAAAUUUAGGUAAUCUUGUUCAAAUUAAUCAACAGUUACAUCAUUUGGUUUUAGAUAAAAAGGAUUUAAUUAUUCAACUUAGAGUAUUUUAAAAGUUAGUUAAGAAGCUUUAUAAAUAAGUAAAGAAAUUAGAAUAGAAUAUAAAUAAAAAUUAGCUGAAUUUAAUGAUAGAUUAUAGAGAGUUGAAGAAAAUAUCAGUUUAAGAGAACUAAUCUUAGAGGAAAGAGCUCAUAGAUUAAAAAUUCCAAUUGAUAUUAAUAUUAAUGUAGAAUGGCUCAAUUUUUUUAAAAAAACAGAUUUAAGUAAGAUUCCUGUAUCUGAGAAAGAGUUGAUUUAAAAAAUACUGCAAACUUUGUAAAGUUUUGAUUCAAAUUAGAAAUAGCAAGCUAUUUAAAUGUAAUGA